ACCCGGUCCUAGAGGAGACGGAAGCUCCAACUGAGUGUGGGGCGGAGGACACUUACCGCUGACCCCGUGCACUCAGGCGGCGGCUCCGGAUCCCGGAGGUCCAGUGGGCAGCUCCCCAGAUGCAGAGAUCGGCACUUGGAGAAGGAAGGCAGGUGUCCAGGAGCCCCAUAGCAGGUCGGUGGGCGAGCCGGGGCUAGGACCCACACCUGCAGGCACACCGCCCAUCCCUCCGGUCUGCGCAGGUGCUCCGAGGGCAACACACCCACCUCCUCCCUUUGCCAGCACCAGCUAUGAACUACGUGGGGCAACUGGCAGGGACGGUGUUGGGGACGAUGAAGGACAUAUACCGAGGCCUGAACCCGGCCACGCUGAGUGGUGGCAUUGACGUGCUGGUGGUGAAGCAGGUGGACGGCUCCUUCCGAUGCUCGCCCUUCCAUGUGCGCUUCGGCAAGCUCGGCGUCCUGCGGUCUCGGGAGAAGGUGGUCGACAUCGAGAUCAACGGGGAGCCUGUGGACUUGCACAUGAAGCUGGGGGACAGCGGGGAGGCCUUCUUCAUCCAGGAGCUGGAGAGCGAUGAUGAACACGUACCUCCGUGUCUGUGCACAUCGCCCAUCCCUUGUGGGGACCUGUCUGGGCUCCCCUCAGACUCCCAGGUGAGCACAGCCAGUGAGCCCGAGGCCAUCUCUGAUGGGAUGCCCUCCACUGGGCGGAAGAAGAGGCUUCGCAGGAGGAAGCCCAGGCGGAAGGAGGGCACGGUGGCAGCCAAUUCUAGUUCGGAGGAGCUGGAGACGGGCGCUGACAGUGAGCUGUCCCUGCUGGAAAAGCCAAGGCCAGAGCCCCCAGGCCCCCUCAGCAGCGUCCGGUCAGAAGGGGAGUCCUUACCGCAAGCCAGAGACAUCUACCCCUACUCUGAUGGCGAGUGGGGCCCCCAGUCCAGCCUCCCGCUGGGGGGGCUCACGUCCCCGAAGAGUGACUCAGAGCUGGAGCUGCGGACCCCCGAGCCCAGCCCCCCACGAGCUGAAUCCCACAUACAGUGGGCCUGGGGGAGGCUGCCGAAGGUGGCCAAAGCAGAGUGGCCUGAGUCCUCGAAGGUCGCUGAUGGCAGGGCUGGGUCAGCCUGUCCUCUUCGGGGAGAGCCCAGCACCCCCUCCGCUUCUGUGGCUGGUGCGGACCCUUUGGGACCCCUAAUCCUGCAAGCAGGGGCUGGUACCGACCUUCCUCCUACUGACGUGGAGCCUCCCGCUUUGGUGGGCUCCCCUCUCCCCACUCCUGAGAGAAAGGAGACCACGCCUCAGAGCCGCAGGGAUGCAGGCCUGCCUCUUCCCUCGAAAUCCUGGAGCUGGGCCACCCUGGAGGUCCCAGUGGCCACCAGGCAACCAGAGGGGGGCCCUGGGAGGAAAGGCUCCCUGAAGAGAAGCCAGCAUCUGGGCCCCAGUGACAUCUAUCUGGACGACUUGCCCUCUCUGGAUUCUGAGAAUGCAGCCCUUUACUUCCCCCAGAGUGACUGUGGACUGGGGCCCAGAAGGUGGAGUGAACCCAACAGCCAGAAGCCCCUGGGAGACCCCAACCCUGAACAGGAACCAGAACCCACUCUGGACAUGGUGGAUAUGAUAGAGCUGUCCCUCUGUGGCGGACUCGCUGAGAGCCGGGACAUCUCCCUGGAGAAGUUCAACCAGCACAUCGUCUCCUACCAGGACCUAGUCCAAAACCCUGGCCUCCUUGAGCACCCAAACCUGGUGGUGAAGAUCAAUGAGAAGCAUUAUAACUGGGCUGUGGCUGCCCCCAUGAUCCUCUCCCUGCAAGCCUUCCAGAGAAACUUGCCCAAGAGCACCGUGGACAAACUGGAAAAGGAGAAGAUGCCCAGGAAGGGUGGACGGUGGUGGUUUUCCUGGCGACGCCGGGACUUCCCCGCCGGGGAGAGCAGUGUCCAGACUGAGAAAACCACAGCCCGGGAGCAGCAGGGGGAGAAGACUGAUGUCCUGAGUAGUGAAGAUGAUGCCCCAGAGAGCCCUGUGAUCCUGGAUGCCUCCUCUCUGCCACCCUUGACUCCCGCCUACAAGAAGUCCCUCCGCCUCUCCUCUAAUCAGAUAGCAGGUUCUCUGAGUUGGGAGGCAGAGGGGAAUGAGAGGCCCAUGGAGAUCACAGCUUCCCCCACCUUUGCCCGGCCCCAGCGGCGCCUGAACCUGCAAGAAGGUGCCAAUGACGUGGUCUUCAGUGUGACCACCCAGUACCAGGGCACCUGCCGCUGCAGGGCCACCAUCUAUCUGUGGAAGUGGGACGACAAGGUGGUCAUCUCGGACAUCGACGGGACCAUUACCAAGUCGGACGCUCUGGGCCAUAUUCUGCCCCAGCUGGGGAAAGACUGGACACACCAGGGCAUCACCAGUCUCUACCACAAAAUCCACCUAAACGGGUACAAGUUCCUGUACUGCUCGGCACGGGCCAUUGGCAUGGCUGACCUCACCAAGAACUACCUACAGUGGGUGAGCGAGCGGGGCUGCAGCCUCCCCAAGGGCCCCAUCCUGCUCUCUCCCAGCAGCCUCUUCUCUGCCCUCCACAGGGAGGUGAUUGAGAAGAAACCAGAGGUGUUCAAAAUUGCCUGCCUGAGUGACAUCCGGCAACUGUUCCUGCCCAACGAACAGCCCUUCUAUGCUGCCUUUGGGAACAGGCCCAACGAUGUCACUGCCUACCAGCAGGUGGGCCUCCCUGAAUCUCGAAUCUUCACAGUCAACCCCCGGGGAGAGCUCAUCCAGGAGCUCAUGAAGAACCACAAAUCCACGUACGAGCGGCUGGGCGAGGUGGUUGAGCUCCUCUUCCCACCUGUGGCCCGUGGCCCCAGCGCAGACCUGGCCAGCCCUGAAUACAGCAACUUCUGCUACUGGCGGGAGCCACUGGUUACUGUGGACCUCGAUGCCCUGGCCUGAACCGGCCCCAGCUGCCCCCUCCUCCCUGGCCAGGCCCCAGAGCUGACUGGGUGUUCCCAGGGAAUGGGAAGUUGCAAGCUGGCUGCCACGGGGUGGUCCACUGAAGGGGAGGAGGGGGCUGAGGGCUGAUUGGCAGCCACAGAGACCCUCCCUCCUCCCUGUCCCCUCUCCUGCCUUCUCCAGCUGAUCCGAAGGAGGUGGGGCAGCCGCUCCAGGCCUCAGCAGGGCUCUGCCCUGUAGCAGUGAAAUGAUGAUCACCUGGGCCCUUGCAGGAUUCUCUGUGCCCUUGACAUCCCUGUCCCUGUCCCCCUGGUACAAUGCCUCAACUCCUGACAGCACAGAGAGGAGAGGGAGCCCUGUGAGGCUUGAGACCUGCCCGCACAGGAGAGGGCUGGCAGCAGCAGGGGGGAGUGCUUGAGCAGCAUCUGGGCAGCAUGGACCAAACCCUCUGAAGCCAGACCCUUCCAUAACCCUGGCCCCUUCCCACAGCUCUUGCGCCAGACCUCACUGCUCUCCCUUGUGCCCCAGGAUCUCAGCACACCCCAACUCUGGGUGCUCAAACAUCAAGGAACAGGGAUCCCAGGGCAGUGCAAGGGCGGAGGGAGUGUGGCUCCCCCGGGCCUCGCCCAUACCCAGCUGCUUCUCCUGUUCCUCUGAGCACCUCCCCUGAGGACACAGCCCCAAACCCUGCCAGCGCAGGUGGCGGUGACCUGCCCACCCUCCCUAGACCUUGCCGUCAAUUCGGCGCCCUCACAGCUGCUGAGCAAGCUCUUGCCUGAGGGGCUGUAGGAA